AUGCCCGAUCUUCGUCGUCAGAUCUUUGAGAGCGGUAAGACCGUCUCCCGCAAGGCAGCUUCUCGAGAAGCUUCCCGAUCCAACUCUCGCACCGGCUCCAAGCAGUCGUCACAAGCUGCGAGCAGAGCCGCCUCCGAUGAUGAGGAUGCUGGCUUCCUCUCUGACGAGACUUCUAUGAGUAUCGGUUCACUCGACGAUGACAACCCGGAACAAGAUAACGUAGACUGGCCUCAGGAACUGGGCGAUCGCAUCCAGGAGAUCCUCGACCGCAAGCGCAGUAGUGUACAGGGCCGUGAGGAGGCGUUGGCUGCUUUCUGCCGCCUAACCAAGUACCACUAUGCCGAGGAGGAAAUGCGCGCGUCGGUUGCCGACCUACUCGGAGCAUUCAUCAGAAGUGUGCGAAGUGAGGCCAGUGUUCGUGAGACUACUUUGGCUCUCCGUGCAAUUGAACUACUGGUCGUCACCUCCUCGGACGACAAGAUCUACGAAAAUGCCGAACCCAUCUUGACGCGCAUCAUCCGCGACUCAACAUCCAACGCUGUCAAAGCAGCAGCCAUCCAGUGUCUGGGUACAUGCACUGUCUUUGGCGGUGCAGGUGAAGAUGGUAUUCUUGAACAGAUGACCUUCCUUUUGGACAUCGUUGCUUCAGACGGCCAGUCCAUCGAAGCCGCAGACGAUCCAACCAGCGUCACAGCCGCAUUGCAAGUCUGGGGUUUCCUAGUAACCGAAAUUGAUGAUUUCGAGGGCGAAAGCGAGGAAGCAGUACAAAUCUUCAUGGACCAGCUAGAUAGCGGUGACUCUGGCGUCCAGAUCGCGGCGGGUGAAAAUAUCGCCAUUCUAUACGAAAAGAGCUACACCGAAGCAGAAGACGACGAUUCUGAAGAGGAAGAGGAACAGGACGAAGAGGACGAGCACGCUCAUGAGCCCACCUCCGGCCCCAAACUCGUCAAGCGCUACAACGCCUACCACAACACCCCCGAGCUUGAACGUUCCCUGCAGCACCUCGCAACAAUCCACAACAAGCGCAUCAGCAAACGUGACAAGAAGAACUUGCACAGCAACUUCGCCUCAAUCCUCACAACGGUCGAAAACCCGCGCCGCGGACCACGCUACAACAUGGCCAUCGACCAAGACACGAACCGCCAUUACGGCAGUACGCUGACCGUCAAGAUCGGCCGACACGGCAUCAUGAGCAUCGACAGAUGGUGGAAGUGGGUUCGUCUGAGCUCUCUACGUCGAAUUUUGCAGGGUGGUUUCGCCGAGCACUAUUUCCAGGGUAACCGCUCUGUUCUUAAUAAUCUGCCCGUUAUGAUGCGGAUGCCAGACGCCAGUCAGAACACGCCUGAUCGUGCAAGCGCACGUAAAGCGGCGAAGAUGCGCAAUUCAAAGCGUUGGGCUGCACAGCCCGAGGACUCCGACGAGGAGUAA